CGUUCUCAGCAUCUCCAGCCAUUCUCCAUUUCCUGCCCCGUGCAUCGUCUGUUGUAUCAUCUUUCCCCAGGCAGUCAGAUAUGAAGAGUGAAAAGCGAAUGGGAUUAAACUCUAUCUUCACCAUCGAAUGCAAGAAGUGCGACAAAGUGACAAUUGUACCCACUGGAAAAAUACAUAAUACUGACAAUUCUCAUCAGCACGCUGAUGUCAAUACCAAAGCAGUUUUGGGUACUCUCCAUGCUGGAAUGGGAUGUCCGGCUCUGAAUAAUUUACUCGCGUGUAUGAAUGUACCAACAAUUUCGACUGAUUUAUCCAAACGGUAUGAGAGAGAAAUAGGCCCUGCGCUCGAACAAUGUACCAAGGAAAGCUGUAGAAGUGCUGCCGAAGAGGAAAAACAAUUAGAAAUUUUUCAAAGGUCGCCUCUGAACUAGGUUUGCAACAGGAGGCAACCAUUGUUGAGGACAAAAAUGAAGGAACCAGUAUUAGUACCUGGGUUGCUGCAAAGGGAUUAUGCAUUGGCCUGGUCGCUGCUCCUCUUCAUUAAAACAAUAAACAGAGUAUACCGCCAUUUGGAAUUGACUAUUGAAUGGUCUUCCUCGUUUAUUACCCAAAGACAUUGACCACGGCUUCCGA